GCGGUGAGGAGGGUUUCAUAGACCUUAAGAAGAGAAUGUCGAGACGCAGUAGCCGUUUACAAGCUAAGCAGCAGCAUGCCCAGCCCAGCCAGCCAGACUCCCCACAAGAAGCCCAGAUAAUUCAGGCCAAGAAGAGGAAAACAGCACAGGAUAUCAAAAAAGGAAAAGAGGAAAUCAGCAAGAAGCAUCAGUACGAGAUUCGGAAUUGUUGGCCGCCUGUACUGUCUGGAGGAAUCAGUCCUUGCAUUAUCAUUGAAACACCCCAUAAAGAAAUAGGAACAAGCGACUUCUCUAGAUUUACAAAUUACAGAUUUAAAAACCUUUUUAUUAAUCCUUCACCUCUGCCAGAUUUAAGCUGGGGAUGUUCGCAGGAGGUUUGGCACAACAUGCUGCAGAAGGAGAGCAGAUACGUACAUGGCAAACAUUUUCAAGUUCUUCACUCUGACCUGGAACCACAGAUGAGGGCAAUACUUUUAGACUGGCUUUUAGAGGUAUGUGAAGUCUACACACUUCAUAGGGAGACAUUCUACCUUGCCCAAGACUUUUUUGACAGAUUUAUGUUGACACAAAAAGAUGUAAAUAAAAAUAUGCUUCAACUCAUUGGGAUUACCUCAUUGUUCAUUGCUUCUAAACUUGAGGAAAUCUACGCUCCCAAACUCCAAGAGUUUGCUUAUGUCACUGAUGGUGCUUGCAGUGAAGUAGAUAUCUUAAAGAUGGAAUUCAAUAUCUUAAAGGCUUUAAAAUGGGAACUUUGUCCUGUAACAGCCAUUUCCUGGUUGAAUCUUUUUCUCCAAGUUGAUGCUGUUAAAGAUGUUCCUAAGGUUCUUCUACCUCAGUAUUCCCAGGAGACAUUCAUCCAGAUAGCUCAGCUUUUAGAUCUGUGUAUCCUCGCUAUUGACUCAUUAGAAUUCCAGUACAGAAUUCUGGCAGCUGCAGCCUUAUGCCAUUUUACCUCCAUUGAAGUGGUUAAGAAAGUCUCAGGUUUGGAAUGGGAGGACAUUUCCAAGUGUGUAGACUGGAUGGUGCCUUUUGUCAGUGUAGUAAAAAGUGUAAGUCCAGUGAAGCUGAAGACCUUUAAGAAGAUAGCCAUGGAAGACAGGCACAAUAUCCAGACACAUACAAAUUAUUUGGCUUUGCUGAGUGAAGUAAACUAUGUGAACACCUUCAGAAAAGGAGGGCAGUUGUCACCAGUGUGUAAUGGCGGCAUUAUGACACCUCCGAAGAGUACUGAAAAACCAUCAAUAAAACCCUGAAGUUAACAUCAAAUUGGAAUUGAAAAGACACUGGAUAAAGUUCAUACAAAUGAGUAAGUUUUACAGGAAAGUAGUGUUGUGGCUAUCCUUGCCCACUGAGGAGUUAUGCUGCCAUGUUGUUUAAAAACUACAUCAAUUUGGCAAUAAAUGCCUAGGGUACAUGAAGCCGUGGGCUCAAUCCCCA